AUGGCAGAUUUGAGAGGACACCCAGGGCAUUCAAGCAUGUGGUCAAGUUACGGAGGCUCAGUACACAUACCAGGUCGAGUGACAGAUCCCAUGCCAUCAACUUCUUCGCCGCUCUCAGGACGGACUAGUAGUAAUCAUACCGAGAUGGAUCAGCCCUCUCACCCCUACAGCCGAUAUCCCCAAGACGACCAAGAAGCAUACGACAGACCUGCGCACCCAGAAAUUGUCUCACAUCACGGCUACCCAAACCUGAAGAGGUCUUUCUCUGAAGCAGAACCACCUGCUUACCAGGAAAUUGUCCAGGAUCUCCGUGACGACAGCUCCAAGAUGACAGCCAGCCACGAGCACAAGCUCUUGGCCUUCAAGAGGACACAGGAUAAACACACCAUAGUUGACCAGCAAGGCCGCAUGCAACAACUAGAGUUGUCCGCUCAACUCCACGGGAUGUUCUUCCUUUCCGAAAUGCCUGCGAAUACAUCAGAUGGCUCGCUCAGACAGCCUGAGUUGACCUGUUACCGAAGAAAUCUAUUUCAAAUCAGCGGCACUCUUGUUACACCACGAGGUCAACUGUCUGUGAUCACCGAAUCUGGCGAGACUGUUGCAGUCAGCAACAUGGAAGUUACUAUCUCUGCCAUUGAGUCUGUUGAUGGCAACCCGGUCCGAUUAAUCGUGAUUCCGUGGAAAACCCCUCCACCAAACUCACCAGAGACAAACCAAACCCCAGAUCAAGAACCGCAGUCUCUGCCCCUAAUUCCUUUCCAGGAUGAUGGGACAGAAUCUGAUGGCGAAUAUGCCGUGUACCCCAUUGGGUGGCGACGCCUUCAAUUCAGGAUUGCAACUGCAAACAAUGGUCGUCGAAAGGAGCUCCAGCAACAUUUUGUCCUUCAUCUCAAAGUCGUUGGAACAUUGGCCAACGGUAACAAGACUGUGCUCACGGAAUCCACGACGGCGCCCAUUGUCGUCAGAGGGCGAAGCCCUCGUAACUUUCAAGCUCGAAAGGAGAUUCCUUUGUUGGGAUCCAGUGCAGGAUCUCGAGGACAAGCCCUUGUGGAAACUGGAGUGGGAGUUGUUGCGGGCCCCCUAAGCGCAAAGCACCAGGAAGCGAAACCGAGAGGCAUUGACGCUCAGCUCCCACGGACAGCUUUUACCUUUAACGCGCCAAAGAUCCCGGGCACACAGUUAGGCCCAAUAAGAUCUAACUCAUAUCCAACUUGGGGAACACCGCCGGCCCAGGUGCCCUUGGGUCAUAUCCCAACCUCCGGUGCAGAGAGUUACCCUGCGGCAUCAAUGGGCCCUCUGGCUGGUACGGCCAGUUUCCCUGCUGAAUCACAAGGAAUGCCCAUCCAAUCAUCGAUGGAACCCCCUGUGCCCAUAUCCAUGGUAACGAAUGAUUCGGAGCACCCACCAGUCCGAUCCCAGUAUACUUAUGAUAUGCAGACAACGACUGGCCCUCCGCAGUUAUCGAUACAUACCACUCCGCUCGGAAGCCAUGACCAGGCCAUGAACAUCCCUCGUUACGUCGAUAAUCCAAGGCCGUUGAAGAGCCCACGACACAUGAGUCAUCCCUCGAUAAGGAGCGCGGGCUCAGUAGCGAACACCGACGCCUCUCCAGAAUAUCGAUACGCCCCGUAUGCCCCCGUGAACUCGAGUUCUACCGAGGUUGCGCAGCCUAGUUACAACCCAGAAACAUCUGGGCCACCUUCAGUGCCUGCAAGGGACUACUACGCCCCUGCGCAUACCUGGACAUCAGCGUCUGGGGAGCAUAGUACGAAUCUGGCAUAUGCCAGCACUGCUGAGUCUCGACCAUACCCUUUCCCUCAAGACGAGUACAAGAGUACACCUGCGGGAUCGUCGCCAACGAAGACCGAAUCGAGCCAGCCGCAGGGUUCGUCUGUCUAUAACGGAGCCGCGAGAGGCUCUUUUGAUGCCAUGCAUCAGUAUUCCUGGAAUGGGAACUAG